AUGGCAUCCCCGAUGAAACAUUCCCGCAACCUCUCCAGACCUUCACGGCCCCGCAGCUCAACACGAGGACCAUUAGAUGCACCAGAUGACCCCCUUGACUCAGCAAGCGCAUCCUCCUCACCCAACCUCAGCACAGACAAUGAUGGCUUCUCGGGAGCAUCACUUCACGAACUAGACCCGCUGGCCCCCGAUGAUCUUCCAGAAACAUUGGGCAAAGACCUUUCUUUCGUUCUCCGGCAUAAUAUCUUCCAUCCUUUAAAUCAUAGCAACAUUCCAUCUCCGCUACGCUCCGAAUUUGUCGUCCUCAAUCCCGGCGAACCGCUCUCAUCCUCUCUCGGCGUACUUGAGAAAUUACUCGUUGGAGGCCGUUUCUUAGUCGCUGCACACUUCGCGGCUUCAAUAUUGACUUCCUCUCUGAUAACCCCUAUGGAUGUCAAGAUUAUCUUUUCUCUAUUUUACACCCGCCUUGCUUGUUUAGAGCUGUCAGGAAAUACAGUUCUUGCCGCCCAGGAGUCGAAGGCAUUGGAGGAUUUGAACUCUGCAUUCUACUACAUUGACGUGGAGAGUGAGUCGUCUGACGUGGACAAAAAAGAAAACCACGUCCCCAAUCAUUAUCCUCGUCAUAUAGUUCCAUGGCCAUUGCGCGUUUUAGCCGUGAGACUUCAAAGUAUCGGAUUCGGCGACCCCCGCAGAAGUAUUGGUGGUCUAUACGAGAUCGGACUGGAGGCACGACGAGAGAUUACGAAUCAAGCAACUGGGGAGGCAGAACGGAAGAUUUGGAGAGAAAGACUGGCAGACUUAGGAAUGCGAAGUGUCAAUGCGCUAAUCGAAAUGGGUGAUCUUGAUGCAGCAAAAAGAUCACUUGAAAGUCUACAAUCGGUCGACUCUGAUACAGAUAAUACGAAACUGCGGAAAGCACUUCUUUUCCUACGAAUUGGGGAUGUUGACUCUGCGCAGAACAUCUUUGGUGACUCCCCAGAGUCAAAGGAGUCGGCCUUGUUGCAGCCGCUCCUGAGCAUGUCAGACGGUCGUUACAAUGAUGCAGUGGACCAAUGGCGGACUUUACAAGAAGAUAAAACAAGGACAGACGCUGCCUUGGUAGCGCAGAACUUGGCUGUUUGCCUUCUAUACUCUGGCAAAUUGGAUGAGGCGCGUCAACUGUUGGAAUCUCAAAUUUCUGCCAAUCACUCGUUCAGUAGUUUGGUUUUCAACUUGUCAACUGUCUACGAGCUCUGCUCCGAUAAUGCUAGUCACUUGAAGGGGCAGCUAGCGGCCACCAUUGCAGGUCAGCCGGUCUCGGGGCAGACGAAUAUAGACCGACCGAAUACCGAUUUUAAGCUAUGA